AUGGACUUGCUCGGCCUGCUGCUCACCCCAGCUGCCGCGCGCGCCUUCUACCUCGCCGCCUCAGCUCUUGUUCUCGUCAUACAGGCAACGCCCGCCCUUCGCAACCGCUUCCUGGCCUACGGCUCCCGUGCAACGGACGCGAAGCCCUCCCAGGCCCGCCCGCCGAAUGCCUUAGAGCGACUGCUCGACUAUGCCGCGAGCUUCCAGGUCCCGCACAACUAUUUCACCCACUUCUACAUCGUCUCGGUUGCGAGUUCCGUGUUCUGGGGAUGGAAGCUGCGGCUCUGGGAUGCGGGCGGGCAACUGCCUCUUGUCUGGGCUCUGAUGCUGCUCCAGGGCACGCGAAGGCUGGUAGAGUCGUAUGUGUAUACGUCAUCAAGUAAGAGCAGGAUGUGGUUUGCGCAUUGGAUACUCGGGCUGGUUUUCUACCUGGCGACCAACGUGGCCGUAUGGGUUGAGUUGCGGACGCACGCCGUACGCCAUCGCGAGUCAACCCAGGCUGUGCUAGGCUGGCGGACUGCUGUCCUAGUACCGGCAGUCCUCACAGCCCAGGUCCUUCAGCACAGCUACCAUGCCUACCUCUAUCGCCUCCGAACACAGAACAACGGCUACCAGCUGCCGUCGCAUCCGCUCUUUCCGAAUCUGCUCUGCCCGCACUACUCCUGCGACAUUGCCGUCUACGUCCUGCUAUCGUUUCUCGGUGCUCCCGCCGGUCAUGCUAUCAAUUGGACAUUGGCGACAGCUGCGCUCUUCACAGCCGUGAACCUCGGCGUCACAGCUGUCGGUACGAAGGAAUGGUACGAGCAGAAGUUCGGCAAAGAUAAGGUGAGCGCGCGGCGGCGCAUGAUCCCUUGGUUGUGGUAG